GACACACGGCAACUUACGAACAGGAAACCUAUCAGACUCGGUCCGCCUGUGCUUUUCUGUGUCUUUGCGGGACCUUGAUUGACAGGUGCGGGCCUCCUCCUGUUGCGGUAUGGACGCCGAAGAUGCCCACUUCGGGUGGGGUUUGUCUGGGGCUCCGUGCUCUAACCCAGCCAUGAGCAUCAUUGGGGCUGAGGAUGAGGACUUCGAGAAUGACUUGAAGGAAGGGAAGGCAGGGGAAGACCUGAACUCAUACUUCAACAACAUAGAGCAAUUGAAGGAACACCCGGCCCACCUGCUGGUCUUCAUGCAACAUGUCAUUCUACAGUUUGACCCUGCAACAUUGCUGUGUUACCUCCAUGCUGACCUCUUCAAGACCCUCAAUGCCAAAGAGACCAAGAAGCAGUUUGUGGAUUUCAGCAACACCUUCUGUGAUAAGGGUGCUAUCCUCAAAGUGCAGAUGGUACCUAAUUUUCCUUAUGAUUUAGACCGGAUUCGACUAGAUCUGAGCAACGAGGACAUCCUAAGGCGUUAUGCUCAGGAUCUCCAGGCAACGCUGGUUCCUGAAGUGGCGAGACAGCUUGAAGACUUUAGGCAGAAGAGAAUGAUGGGCAUGACCCCCUGUGAGUCUGAGCUGAUGGAUGUGGAGAACCACCAUUCCACCGACCGCAUCCCUAUGGAGAUGAAGGAGAAGUCUGUAGCUGAGGUCAUGCUGGAAAAGAUGUCUGAGACACAACUUACAAUUGUCGCGGACGAGGAAAAAUGCCAAUCCAUCUUUUCGGCGGUGGCCUUCUACAUGAAGCACCUCGGGGUUAAGACUAGGACAGUUGACAGUAAGAAGUCCAGAGGAGGCUUCUUCAGGAGUAAACUGGUAAAGAGUAAGAAGGAUGAAUCCACUAAGACCAAGCAAAGGGGGGGCUUCCCUAGCAUCCCCUGGAUUGGAAGCAACCCUGAGGUCAAACCUAAAACGGAAACCGAAGCGGAUAAGGAGAAAGUCAAUCAGGAGCGUAAAGGACCAGUUCCCAGCAGAUCCUCCUUGACCGACCCUACAGCCCCUUCCGUCGGCAGCAGGAAGUCAGCUUCCAGUGGAGGCACCACCUCCGUGCCUGGGUUAGACAUCUGUGACAGCUCAGGGAACAACACCAGCAUGACCAACAACCAAGAGUCUUUAAACACCGAUGCUCUCAUUCGCUUAGAGCCUCCUACCUUGUCAGACCGGGGUGAUACGACCCCUACUGGGCUGGGAGGUGGGCUGACUGUUGGGGAGCCUGUUACACCCAGCGACACUCCCACAGAGGAGAAUCUGGAGAAAGACAGACGGAAGACAAGUAGGAAAGUGACACGUAGCGAGAGUGCUCGCGUGGACAGGCACUCCUCCCGGCGCCGCGGGUCUGCCCGGGUGAAACAGUCUCGCUCCCGUAGUGAUGUGGACCUCCAGCCGAUUGCUACCACACCUUCAACACCUGACUCCCUCAACCCCCCGCACCUCCAUCCUUUUGAAGGGACAAAUUUAGUCCCUGAGGGUCCCGGCCUGUCCCCCACCAGUCCCUCCCCACACCUGGAAGAGGUAGACCCACGCUUCCUGGAGUUAGAGCCGGACCCUCCUAGCUGGAGGGACCUGGUCUGCCCUGAAGCCCUGUCCCGUCUCAACAAGAAGGAGAUCAAGAGACAGGAGGUCAUCAAUGAGUUGUUUGCUACAGAACAUGCCCAUGUGCGGAUGUUAAUUGUCCUUCAGUCGGUCUUCUCCAGGCCAUUGGAGAAAGAGGAGCUCCUAUCUACCCAAGAGACUCACGCCAUUUUCCCAAACCUGGAUGAAAUCAUUGAAAUGCACAGUACCUUCUAUGAGAACAUGAAAAAACUGCGUUUGGAAGAAGGCUAUAUAGUCAAAUCCAUCAGCACCACAAUACUCAACAGAUUUGGUGGUACAGAGGGGGAGUGGUUUCAGAAACUGACAGCUCGAUUCUGCAGUCACCAGUCGUGGGCCCUGGAGCAGAUCAAGAGCAGGCAGAAGAAAGAUCAACGCUUCAACUUAUUUAUACUGGAAGCAGAGAGUAGACGCGAAUGCCGCAGGCUGCAGCUCAAGGACAUCAUUCCAAUAGAGAUGCAGAGACUGACCAAGUAUCCGCUACUGCUGGAGAAUAUUGCUAAGAACACAGAGGACUCGGCAGAGAGGGAGAGCAUAGAACAGAGUGCAGAGAGCUGCAGAAAGGUCCUCAACCAUGUCAAUGAGGAGGUCAAAGUGAUGGAGAACCUAUUGACUCUAAAGGACUACCAGCGCAAACUCGACACAUCAGGGCUCAAACCAAGCACUGACCUUUAUACUGAAUAUAAGAACUUUGAUCUGACUCAGAAGGUAAUGCUUUAUGAAGGCCCUCUGACUUGGAGAAUCACCAAGGAGAAGACUAUUGAGGUGCAGUGUGUGUUGCUUGCGGACAUGCUGGUGCUUCUUCAGAAGCAGGACGACAAGAUGGUCCUCAAAUGCCAGAGCAAGAGUAACAUAGCCGUGCAGGAGGGCAAGCAAAUGCUGAGCCCAAUUAUCAGGCUGGACUCAGCUUUCCCUCGUGAGGUGGCCACAGAUCGAAAGGCCUUUUAUGUGAUAUUUACCUGGGACAGCGGUGCUCAGAUCUAUGAACUGGUGGCUCAGUCUGUUGGCGACAGGAAAACCUGGACUGAAGUGAUAAAGUCAGCAAUGGAUGAUCUGAAGAAGAGUGGAGCAACUAUGAAGUUGGCACUGCCUCCUGGUGCUGUAGGUAGCAAUACUGCCCCGCUCAGUCCAUCAAUCCCGGACUCUCUGAGCCCGAAGAUACAUAGUCCCCUGAGCCCGACUGAGAAUGGAAGUUUAAAAAGCAGCAGCAGUGAUCGAGAUAAGGACAGCUUGCCGGGUGACAAGUCAGCAGUCCAGGAGCAAUUACUGACUCACCUGUCAGAUCAUGGCAUCAGCUUAGACAACCCCAAAAGCAAUGAGAAGGUGGCCGAUAGUGCUUUGGAUGAAGUCAUGUCGCUAAAAAGGCUGUUGAUCGGUAGCAUCAGUGUAUCAGAGGACUGGCAACUUGAUGAAGAAAAUGGAGAGGAGCAAUCAGAAAAGCCAAGUCAAGAAAUGGAUAGCUGUCAAUCAACAGAAGAACACAUUCAGAACACAGACAGAGCAGCAGAGGAGGAGAAUGAUGAUGACCCUUGUGAAAAAGAAGUUGCAGAGGCGGAUGGAGAGGAAGAGAAGAGCAUCAGUGCACCCCUGGUGUUGUCCCAGGAAAGGAUGGAGGAAGUGAGCAGGAAGCUUCAAAGUCUGAUGGAAAAAAUAAAGAAACUACAGACUGUUGAAGAAGACCACCACAGGCUGCUGGAGUCACUUUCCAAGUUCACACAAGAUGGGGCUGUCUUCCAGUAAGACACCAUCACACCACCUGCUGGCCAGUAUAGAUUCUUACUGGUGCUGGUUUGGAGUGCAAGAGUGACUUUUAGAGGUUUUUCUAAACCCUCAUAAGUCAUGCCUGGACCCUCGCUGCAUUAUUUGUGUCCCAGCUUUUUGCAGCCAUGCAGGAAAAACAGUCUGCCUGACGGAGGGGGUAGGGAGGGCUUUGUGGACAGUGCAGUGGUUCAGUGAUGGAACAUGGGAGGUGUGUGCAUGUGUAUGUGUGUCUGUUUGCGUGCAUGUUUGUCAGAGAGGUAUACAAAAGAAAAAAAGGAAAAAAAAAAAGAGACAUCCUACUUUUGAGUGGGAUUUUGUUUUUGCAGAAAGGUUGCCCCCCCCACCCCCCAAAACAAGAAGCAAUAUUUUGCCGUGAGAGAGAUGCUGCCUAACAAAAUGUAGUGAUUGUGAUCUGCUGUAACACACAUACGCACACCAGGGAAAUGCUCGCUAAGAAAUAUUUACAUUAUUGCCAAAAGCUUAUAAAUCAUAUGUUUUCCUGCCAAGUUAGCUGUACCAGGCAGAAACUUUAAGGGGCCAAAGUAGCUUUUGAAGAAGUAUUGAAAUACUACUGCUGAUAUACUGUAUGGUAUUCUAUCUUGUCUAUGCCAAAGUACAACAGAGAUGCACUUUUUUUUCUGAUCAAAACUAGUUCUAAACACCCUGUUAUUUUGUGAAAUGUAUUACUUUUACUCUAUAUUCAGUAUAGUUUUUGAACAGUUCAUAUAGGCGGCCCUCAUUUUGGAAACUGCAUGCAUUUAAGUGUGUGUAUGUGUGUUACAAAGUUUUUAAUUAAGAACAAUUUGUUUGGAGGGUUCUUACUGUAAUUACGUCACAUAGAAACAUUUAUAAAAAAUUGGCACUAUAGCUAAUCAUGCUGUUAAUAAUGGAGUCUUGUUUGUAUUUACUGCUUUUAUUUAUUCCUCUGAGUCCUGUUGGGUCAGUGAGUUGCCUCACCUGAGUGAAACUGUUACAGCACUGGGGAUAAAAAAGAUCGAGCAAUGUGCGAGAGAUGGAUAAGACACACACACAAAAAAGGCAAACUUUAAGAAUGUGAAAUAGAGAUGAAGGGAAGGUAGCGAGUGAAGAAAGAGUGAUUUAAGGACGGGGAGUGAGUUUAGAGGUUGUUGUUGUUGAUUUGGUUUAUUUGAAGCCAGCUUGAACCAGUCAGGAUUUGCUCUCUCUCCGUCCUGAAGAAGGAAGAAAAAGCAGAAUUUGAGUAUGUUAGUGUCAGAUACACACAGAUGAUUCACACUCAUACACCACCAAGCACUGAGAGGCCAAGCGCUACAGAGAUGUUCACAAAGGUCGCUCAGUGCCAGCAUCACUUCUGCUAGCAUGUUUGAUUGAAAUUUUUGCUGUGUCAGCUUCCCCUAGUGAAGAUUUACAGCUCCUGAUCCAAAACACAGAUUUUAGAUGGGGUUAUGAAUUGUAUAUGACGUUAGAUACAUGUGUUAUUAGUAAACGUUUCUGUUCUUCCCUGGUAGCAAUAUUUGUAUCAAAAUUGAGCUCUGUCUUUGUAUUUUAUUCAGCAGUUGAUUGUAAUUAUAAUUAUGACAAUAUAAUUUACGAGAAGUGGCAUAACUGUGGCCGUGCACACAGGACCAAAGACGUAACAAUGCACCGUUGGAUCCUCAUUCUUCAUGACAUGCCUCACCUGUAUAGAUGAUUACUCUCUCCAAACUCCCAACAUGUCAGCUUAAGUGAAGGGAUUUCAAAAGCACAUAGAAGAAUGAAAUAUUAGUUGUCAUGAAAAAAAAACAGGUUUUGAUUCUCUGAUGAAUGUAAAAGUGAAUACCAAGAUGAAGAAUGUUAGAUUGCCCUUGCCUUAUUAUGACCAAACUCACUUACACUUAAAGGGUGAAAGGAAUGCUUUCAUCAGCAACAAUUAUUGGAAAAGUUGUCUUCAGUACCUGUUUGUGUGAGUAAAAGCCAGUGUGACUGCCACAAACUCUGCUGUUCUGACCUGGAUAGAGGACUUGAUACCAUGCACUGUUAACCCCUCUGGUACAACACAUGGGACCCGUUACAGAAGCAGAAAAGGACAAGACAAUGAAGUCAGAUAAACAUACAAAGGAAACAUAGAAGGCUUGGAAGAAGGAAAGCUGCAGACUCAUUCCGACGCCGCUCUUAACAGUACUGUAAUCAUGAUCACUUCCUGAUAUGCAUUCUCAAUGUUGUUGCCACAACAACAAAAAUCCCCUCCGACCCUACUGAACCUCAGUAUGAAAUUAUGCAAAUCAUGGUGCCAAAAGUUAUUUAAGUGUCACAAAUUGCUUAAUAAGUUUACGUUUGAACAUUACUGCCAUGUGUUCCUGCGUCUUCCUCUUAGGAACUGUACAUAAAUGUUAGAUUAAAUGAAAAAAAUGUUUUAAAAAAAGUAUGAAAAGGUCCCCCUCUUGUUUUUUUUAAAGCGCGUUAGCUACAUUCACCUCUUAAUAACACCCUCACCUCUUGUAAUAGCAUGAUCACCUCUCCUACCACACAGCUUUACAAUAUGUUGUGUAUUUCAUUUGAUUUACUUUACUUUAACGGGUUGGGGAGGUUUAUGUUACUUUUCUUUCUUUUUUUGGGGGUCAUUGUUUAUCAAAAAGCUUUUGUAAUUAUGUACUAUGCAUUCGACUGUAACGGUGAGAGAGACGGGUCUUGUCUGUAACUUGUCUUCGCAUGAAUGAGUUCAACAAUUAUACAAAUAUUGUUUGACAUGACAUUGUGUUUGCUCUGUCUGUGCCAUGGCUCUCCAGUUUACCAAUGGGAAACAUUUAAAGACAUCAUCUCAUCCAGGGAUUUAUUUUUUUAAUUGUUAAAGUGCAGCAGGUGAAACCCAGUUAACACCAGCUUCCAGUGAUACUUUCACUCUUCACUUUGCUGAAUGACUACCACAGGCACUUACUGCUCUCUCUCGUCCAGAUGCUUUCCCUCAUGUAUUCUGUAUACAAAAUACUGAGCUGUAUAGAAAAUGUAUUUAUAGAUUGGUGCCUUGCUUUGACAAUCAAGUUGUUUUCUUCAUAAAGGGCUCCUAAGUCUACAAACACAAUCGCUUGUUAUGGUUUGGCUGUCUUUCACAGAGGACGGUGAAAUUGACCUCAGAGAGUGCGAGACAAUGACCAGAUUACUAAUAAGAACUGCAAGAUCAUCCCAGGAAUUUGGUUUUUGUGUCCAUCUCCAUUACAGCAAUAGGAUUUGAGCCCUCCACCAAUUCUGCCAGCCAGUUAUUGCCCUGUGUAAAAAAGACACUUCUCCUUGUCAUACAGGCAUCUGCUAUCUUGUUUAUCUAUAAACGAUGAAUAUAAAAGAACUAUACUGUGUAUUUGGGUUUUGAUUUUAUUGUGUAAGAGGCUCUUUAAUUAUGUAUACUUAAGAAAAUUUCUGGUACGUUUUUUAAUUCUUCAUUUUUUUUAAUAAAUUGGGGAAA